AUGUCCUAUUUGAAAGACUAUCCGAAAAAUUCUAAAAGUUGUUGACCCUUGUGAUGACAAUUGAUUUUAUUUAUUUGUUUGCUGGAUAUUAGUCGCUGCUUAGAAGUCAUUGCGAUCUAUAAUAAAAGCAGUGCAGUAAAAUCUUAUUUUAAUUUUUCAGAUGAGCUUAAUUUGCUUGUGGAGUGGCAUAAUUGUGAAUACCAAGAAGCAUGAAUUUGUUUUAAUACAUAUAUGAACUCUAUGCUCAUUUUAGACCUAACAGAUAGCAUUGAAUCUCAGUAUUAUAUUUCCAAAUUAUGCGAAGAGAGAAACAUUCCUCACUUGGUGUUUGAAAAUAAGCUAAAUUACUUCGAUCAGUUAACUUUUUCACUCCCCCUCAGUGAGUGAGGAAAAGCAUGGAAAAUUAUUUGCUGGGAAGAAGCAAAAUAUGAAAACAAUAUUUUCAAUAUAAAAAAAUUAAAAUAUUGCUAUUAUUAAAAAAUCUCUAGCUAAUUAUUCUGUUGGGUCUAAAAUAUAUUUUAAUUUAAAAUUAUUAAAGAGGAGGUCAGUAACUCCAUCUUCUUCAAACCAAAUUAAUGCGUUUAUUACUACUCUUCAUUAUUUUAGGUGGACUCAAGGCCUUGCAGCAAAUAAUGGAAUUACAAGCUCUUUAAAAGAAAACCUAAAAAAUUACUCAGAAAGCUUUAACUAUUUAACAAUUGAGUCUGGAGCAAAUAUUGAUGAACUAGUUAGGAGUAGGAUCAUUAAAAGUCAGGCGUUAGCCAAAUUGAUGAUGCAGUGAUCAAAGAUAUGCCCCACGAGAGGUUCUGCUACUUUUUGACUCCAGCCUAGAGGGUUAUCCCUCAUACGAGUGACUUCUGAUGCCUUCUGUCUCCUUUUUGUGGAUUCAGUCUCGAGUGGGCUUAUGGAUUUCUGUGGCCCUACUAUGGGAGAUUGGAGUAGCUUUAUUCCAUGGAUCAUUUCUUUGGAGUCUGUCGGGCGUCAAAGUGCCUUCCUUCGAAAGCUCCAGGAAAAAGACUAAUCACCUGUGGCCUGGGCCGAAACCCCCAGUUCCUCGGUAGAGGAAUGCUCAUGGGUCCUCGGAUCCAGAGGACUUUGUUGAGCACCUCCAUUUCCAACCACAGGAAAACAGCCAAAAACUUACCCGGAUGCAUACCUCUUGAGUCUGCACUUGAUUCAAGGCAUGAGUCCGUCCAGUUUGCCAUAGCCAUAAAUUCUGGACUGCUUCCCCAAGAGGGCACGCUGACACUUUUCGCCAUUCUAAUGUAUAUUAAACUAGUUAAUAGGGUUAUAACUCCUUUAGGUGCUACUUUGUAUUAUAUUUUUACGAACUCUUCCGAAUCCUAUAAAUUGCAAAAGGCUUUAAUAUCCACUAAACUCUUAUCAAGCGGAAAUGGGAUUGUUUUAGACCAGAAAAGUGGAUAUAGCUGCAUAGUUGAUGGAGCUCUAAUUGUUACUGCCAAAGGACAAGAAUAUAGUACCUCUGAUGGAGAUUAUAUGAAAUCAUCAAUCGAAAGUGUAAUUUCUGAACUGCUGAAAAAUAUUCAAACAGAAAGUAGUAUUGAAAUCCUUUCUUAUCUGAAUUUUAUUUCAAAAAAUCAUUACAGAAGCCAAAACUUCUCUUUAGUUAAUAUUCAAAACGGUGAAAGGUUAAUAGUAGGAGAAAUUUUUGAUGAAAAAUUAUCAAUAUUUGGAAAUAUAACAUUUCCAGGGAAUUCUUCAAAAAUUCCGAAGUCAGAAAAGAAAUUUUUGCAGCUGAGCAUUGAAGCAGGCUCUACAAAUCCAAUAGGGCCUGCAAUUCCUAUUGGAUUAGUCGGAGGGUAUGGCUCAUAUGCAGCUACAGACGUUAUCAACGAAGGUGACUCUGGCCUGCUCACAAAUUUCCAAAUCGAAAUGUUUAAUUUUGACUGUGGAGCCACAAUUUAUAAUGCCACAUUUGCUAAUGCAUGCUAUUUAAAAGACAAGGAAAAUUUCGGUCUUGGGCAUGUGUCAGCAUUAGGUUCUGCUAUGGCAAUUGGCUCAAUGACUUCUUUUAAGCAGCUCAAUUUGACAUUUCCAAUUGUGAGUGCUGCAAAUGGAGACCCAAGUUUAAGUUCUACAGCUGCUUUUCCAAUGUACAUGAGAGUUCAGCUUUCAAAUUCUUAUGCAUUCUCAUUGCUCCCAGUUUUUAUCAGAGCCUUGGGAUGGCAGCAAGCCUCAGUUCUUUACCAAAAUGAUUCCUGGGGAAUAUCUGCUUACUAUUAUUUACAGCAAGGCGCUAAAAAUAACCAAAUUGAGCUAAAAAAUCCAGAAAGCAGCAGAACUAUCCCUCCAAAUCUCGACAGGAAUGGGGUAAAAAAAUAUUUAUAUGUUCUUCAAGAGAUUAUUGAUACUCAGACAAGAUUUUUCAUUUCUCUUGUUCAGUAUCCAGCUAUUUAUUUUAUUUUUGAAGAAUUUUAUGAUUUAGGACUAAGAAAAGGAGAUCUAGUUAUUUUAACAGCGCUCACAGAUCUUGUUCCAUUCUUAGGAUACGACAAUUUACAUUUAUAUAAACUAUAUGAGACAGGAGUUCCAAUUAUAACUAUGUAUGGGCAAAGCUGAGUUGGGCCACUUGGAGCAAAGGCUUUAUCAAGAAUUUCAAAUGCUUAUGGAAACCAAAAGAACUCUUAUAGCUGCUUUUAUUUUGACUCGGUAUUUUUAAUUGCUUACGCUUUGGAUUAUAUGAUUAACAGAGGACUCGAUUAUACUAAUGCUAAUAAAUUGAAUGAAGUCAUGAGAAAUCAACAAUUUUAUGGGUGCUCUGGAGAGGUCAUUAUUGAAAAAGGGUCAAAUGAUCGAAUUUUACAAACCUUAGAAAUUUUUGCUAACAAAUUAGAUGAAAAUGGAAACUUGACGACGUAUAUUGUGGGGCAGUUUAAGACUCAAAGCACACAGCUUAUAAAAAUUGAAGAACCUUUGGUAUAUGCAGAUGGGUCAACUAUAAAACCUACCGACUUGAGAAACACCAAUUAUGAAUGCCCAUUUCCUAAUAGACUUAUAAGAACAUUUGCAAAAGGAAGAGCAUUGGUUUUUGGGAUCUGCUUCAGUGUUGCCUUGAUUUCUCUGUUUAUUACUAUUUACAUAUGAAAACGAUGGUGAAAGAUAACUGUUGCACCUUUAACAGUAAAAGAAGAAAUUUCUAUGCAAGAUUUUAUUGUCGGAGCAACAAUUGUUAUUGAAUUUUUCCAAUUUUCAUCUAUGGGCCCUGAUUUCUCGCCAAUAAACUCUACAUUAGCAGGAAUAAGCAGUUUAUUUUCUCUCAGUUUGGACAAUAUUUUGAAGCUGCGGAAUGGGAUUUUUUGAAUAAUCGUGAAUGCUGUUUUUGGCUCAAUAGGAUUAUGAGUAAUCUUAUGCUUGGUUGUGCUUCUACGAUUAGAUGAAAAAUUCCCAACAAAUUUUAUUUUUAGGAAUUUGGAUGCUAUUGCUGACUAUUUUAUGCCAAUUUUAGGUGAUUUGUGCUUUAUUCCGUUUAUUUCAAUUUGUCUUGAUAUAUUUCUCUGUGAUCAGUCUAUUGGAGAUAAUUUUACUGAUAGUUUUCUUGCUCAAGACUGUUAUUAUUUUUGCUGAAAGGAUGAACAUUUAGCUUAUGCGAUUUUGUCUGUGUUUGCUUUAAUAGCUUAUGAGCCACUUGCUGUAUUCUGUAGACCUCUUUGGCAAGAACUUCAGCCUCUUUUGCAUGUAAAAGCAGUUCCACUAUUUCUGAUGGUAAAGACAAUAGUUCAGAUGACUUUAAUUGUGAUGAAUAAGACAGUAAAAAGAGCACAAAAUAAUCUCCAUGGAGCUCUAUUUAUAGCAGUGAUGGGUUUCUAUAUUAUUUUUUUAUUUAAAUUCAAGCCUUAUAACUACCCAAGAUUCAGCUGAUGACAAACUUUAGUUUCAAUUGCAGUUGUCUGACUAGCUUUUCUAUCAAUAAUUGCUCAAAAUGGCGGUGAUGACCCACUUAUUUUGACAUCUAUUUUGAUACUCGGGUUUAUAGUCAUAGCAAUAAUUGGAGUUUAUGUCCAGCAUAAAAAGUAUCCAAGUCUGCUAUUCAGGAAAAAAGGCCAAGAUGCAUCUAAUUUAUUUAAAUUUGCUUUUUCUUUUGGCAGGCAUUCAAAACUAGCUUUAUCAAAAAUUGUUCCAAGCGGAACAUCAAUGUCAUCUCCACGAAAAAUUGAAGACCCGAGCCCAUAA